AUGGCGGACAGUCUAGGUGAAUACGAGCUAUCGAUAAAAGUACUAUUAGAUGCUGCAGUUAGUCGUCCAAAUCUGCAACAGUUUGUAAUUUCUGAAAUUUUUGGAGUUAUAGGUAAAACUAAAUGUGAUACCAAGAGCUUGAAAAGGAUGCUGCCAUUUUAUAAGCACUUAAACACAGUUGCUGUUAGGUCGUUGGAGUGGAGACUUGCUGCUUGUGGUAUUCUAACUGAAGAGGAUACUGCUCUAUCAGCCAUCUCUCCUUUCAUGGAUAAGAUUUUAUUUCAAUUGGUUACUAGCUCGGCCAUAGAAUGUGCUGAAUACUGCGUUCACGUCUGGUUAGAGAGGGUAGAAGCCCAGCACAAGGAACCCAAAGAAAUGUUCAAACUUGAUUUGCCAAAUCCAGUGGAAUAUUUAAAGAAUGAAGAUUCAGCAGAAUUGAGCCUUGUAUCAUCAGUGACUCUGGCAUCAUUUAGGGAACUAAGUAAAGAGCAGAUACAAAUGCUCCUGUCAGAAUUUCCUCUUCUCCUUGAGAGCAUUCCCAGCCAGUUUUAUAUCAGGCUUUUUGUUGGGUUUUUUGUUUUCUUUGGGCUCCUCAGAUGUUUGUCAAACUCAAGCAAUUUCAGCUGCCUUUCAGAAAUUGGAAAUUGGACAGAUAUGUGGCUACAUUUGCUGACCUCCAGUCUUUUUGGAAAAUUCAAGGCCAAGAGAUCACAAACAAAGAUAUUCCAGACACAAAGAUAUGAUCUGCCAGUCCACCAUAUCCUGUGUGGAUUGAUGAUAUCUACAAGUUCUUUUACAACGAUUAAAUCCCGGCCUUGUACUCAAAGGAAGCUCUUAAAAGGACUGGAACAAUUGAUAAUGUGUAGUUCUGGAUUUACUUCAACGUGGCUGAACACAAUAAAGUUAUAUUUUUGAAACACA